CCCCUUGAGAUUUUUUCGCACUUUUUUUCCCGUUCAAACCCCACAGCUCGUCGCCGGUGAAAUCUUCUCAGUCUACGGUCGCCGGUGAAAAGAAAUUUCAAAUUUUUGGGGGGUUUCUUUCCUCUCAUAAGUUCUGUGUCUUCUUCGAGUAUAUGCAUAAACCGAGAAAUUUUCAAUUAUUCAGUUGAACUUUUGGCUUCUCCUAAAUUACAAGUUUGAACUCCAUGCGGAUGCAAGGAGCAUUUGAUUCGUGAAGUUUUUUCAUAGCUUUAAUGUUGCACCAUGAAUGCCCCAAUCAUAGAUCCACUGCAGGGGGAUUUCCCGGAGGUGAUAGAAGAGUAUUUGGAGCAUGGGGUUAUGAAAUGCAUUGCCUUUAAUCGUAGGGGAACUCUUCUUGCUGCUGGAUGCUCUGAUGGAAGCUGCAUUAUCUGGGAUUUUGAGACCAGAGGAAUCUCAAAAGAAUUGAGAGAUAAGGACUGUGUUGCUGCCAUCACUAGUGUAUGUUGGUCAAAGUAUGGUCACCGCAUACUUGUAUCUGCCGCAGAUAAAUCUUUAACACUUUGGGAUGUUGUCAAUGGAGAAAAAAUAACACACAUGACCCUUCAGCAGACCCCAUUGCAAGCUCGUCUACAUCCUGGUUCCUCCACUCCAACUACUUGCUUGGUGUGCCCUUUGUCAUCCGCUCCAAUGAUUGUUGACUUGAGCACUGGAAGCACUACUGUGCUUCCUGUUUCACCUCCUGAUGGAGGGAAUGGACUGGCACAGCCUUCACGCGCUAAAUUUUCAGAUGGAUCUGCACCUUUUACUCCUACGGCAGCAUGCUUUAACAAGUAUGGAGAUCUGGUUUAUGUUGGAAAUUCCAAAGGGGAAAUACUUAUAAUUGACCAUGAAACUGUCCAAGUGCUUGGCAUUGUCCCUAUUCAAGGGAAUGCUGUGGUAAAGAAUAUUGUAUUCAGCAGGAAUGGACAGUAUCUUUUGACAAACUCUAGCGAUCGCACAAUCAGGAUUUAUGAGAACCUACUUCCAUUGAAAGAUGGACUUAAAAUCCUAUAUGAUGCAACUAAUGAAUUAAAUGAGCUAGAAGGGGUAGAGAAAUUGAAAGCUGUAGGGUCGAAGUCUUUAACUUUAUUUCGGGAGUUUCAGGAUUCCAUCACCAAAGUGCACUGGAAGGCACCAUGUUUUAGUGGUGAUGGCGAGUGGGUCGUUGGUGGUUCUGCUAGCAAAGGAGAGCACAAGAUCUACAUAUGGGACAUGGCUGGACAUCUUGUUAAAAUACUUGAAGGGCCAAAAGAAGCAUUAAUAGAUUUAGCAUGGCAUCCUGUCCACCCGAUUGUUGUUUCUGUUUCUCUGACUGGCUUGGCCUAUAUUUGGGCUAAGGAUUAUACUGAGAAUUGGAGUGCAUUUGCUCCAGAUUUUAAAGAACUCGAGGAGAAUGAAGAGUAUGUAGAAAGGGAAGAUGAAUUUGAUCUGGUGCCUGAAACUGAAAAGGCAAAAGAACCUGAUGUCAAUGAAGAUGAAGAAGUUGAUAUUGUGACAGUGGAGAAAGAUACAACGUUCAGUGAUUCUGAAAUGUCACAGGAAGAAAUUCUCUUCUUGCCUGUUGAUCCAAUUCCGGAUCAUCUUGAGCAGCAGGACAAGUGUGUUGGUAGUACUUCAAAACUUGGGGACAGCAACCAGUCGGGAUCCCCUCACUCAGAAGAGGCUGAACAGAAUGGGCAAACCACUAACCAUGAAUCCAGUCCUGUUGAAGCAAUAGAUAAUUCUGCUGCAGAAGAUACAAGUGCAAAACGGUUGAGAAGAAAAAGGAAGCCUUCUGAGAAGGUAUUGGAGCUGCAGGCUGAAAAGGUUAAAAAACCACCUCAGAAGAAAACAUCUGGUCAGUGGAUCAUCUAGGCACGACUCAAGACAAGGGCUUUAUAUCAUCAGAGAAAAUAUUCUGUGUACAAGCACAAUGGAAUGAUGUGCAGUGGAAACUGGAAUGUAGCUAGUGAUGUCUUUACAGGAGGCUUAGACAUCAAAUUCAUGUGUUGUAAUUUCACAGCAAAUUGAUUUACUGUAGCAUAGUUUGUAUUAUUUAUUUGGGAGUUGGGCAGCUAGCAGCCUUUUGCAUAUCUCUCAUGACAACCCUUUUUCUUUAUAUAAUUAGAAGACUUACUACGUGUAUUUGAAUA